CUAUAAUGUUGUUGUCAAAAAUAUGUGGUGUACAUAAAUGAAGAAGUUUAUCUCUAAAAAAAAUAAGUUAGAUUUAAAAAAAAAAAUGUUUUAUUUAGUUAAAAUUUAUUAAAGUGAACGUAUUUUUAAGUUUUAUCAUAAUGGAUCAAUAUUGUAAAGAAGUUUUAAAAGUCGUUGUCGCCCAAAUUUGCCAAACAAUGGGCUGGCAUCGUAUACAAUCAACUCCCAUGGAAGUGAUGACGGAUAUUUUAUCGAGAUAUCUACGACAAAUGUGUGUUUUAACACAUAAAUAUUCUGAACAUUUCGGUAUGACCGAACCAAAUCUAGAUCACGUAGCGUUAAUGAUGCGGGAUUUACAUAUACAAACCCAUGAAAUUGAGGAAUAUAUUAAUUGGGUUGAACCAGUACCUUGUAAUAUUGUUGUGCCAAAGUUACCAGUACCGCGAGAACCGCAAUUGAAUUUCUUGAAACCAGGUAGUCGUGAAGUUGUUACACGGCCUGUACAUGUUCAUGAACAUUUACCACCGAUGUAUCCUGAGUUAGAAGUUGAAGAAAGCUCACCGAUUAUAGCAUCUCCAGGUGAAUCACCAGCGAAUUCAACAACAGGCACUGCUGAUUUAUCAAAAUUAGCAUCGUCUCCAGAUGCUUUGGAUGUUGAAAAUGUAUUUAAACGACCUGGUGAUCCUAUUUCAGAUAGUCAACUUACCAAACGACCCAAACUUAGUUUCGGCGAAGAAGGGCGUCCCACACGAGAAAUAAGCAGUGUUAUGAUGACAUCUUCUGGAUUUUUAUCCCCAGCCCGUGAGGGUAAACUACCUGAAGCACGCACCCCACAAACUCUGACUGAAUCACAACAAGUUGCAUCGUCUCAAUAUCCAACAGUUCCGCCAGAAUUACGUAUCGAAAAGAAACCGAAAAAAGUUAAUGAAAAUAUUAAACGUAAAAAUAGCGAAUUCAAGGGCAGCGAAUUAUUUAAACCGGAUAAGAUUAAUGAUAGUAAAACGAAAAAAUUACCAGGAAUGAAAGAGAAUGCAAAAUUAAAGGCAUUCAAAACCAAACAGAAUUUGAAUGCGAAUAAUACAUCCAUGGAAAUUAUAAGUGCCAAAACGAAUUUGGCUGCUGUACAAAAACAAAUUCCAAGCGAUACCAAAAUUCAAAAGGUAUCCACUUUGGUAACGAAACCAAUUAAAAUUGAAGAUCCUCCAUUACAGAUCUUCCAUCGUCCCCAACAAAUGGAACCUGGUAUUACAAUUAUCGAAAUUGAUGACAAAGGUGUCCGAAAAUUAUCAAACGAACCCGAUAAAGUUAAAUUAAACAUAUUUAAAAAGAUCUCAUCAAAAUCCAAGGACGAUAAAAACGAUAAAUUCGAUAAAGCUGAUAAAAAAUCCGAUAAUCAUUUCGAUUUUAUCGCAGCCGCGUCUUCUCGAAGUGGAGGGGAUAUUCAUGCUGUGGAUAUCAUUCCUAUAAACGAACCAAUCGGUGGACCAACGAAAAUGAAGGCUGAGAAAAUUGAAAAAUCAAAAACACCAGAAAUUACGAUUAAAGAGGAACCGAUUUAUCCAAGUUCACUAAAUCGGGAUCGUCCUCCAACUCCAUCAGUUAAACAUUUAUUGAAUACGAUAUCGGAUUCGGAUAUGUCACCUCCUGGAACACCUUCUACACCUAAAACACCAGAAUUGCAAACACAACUUAUUUCUCCGCCUCCAAGGAAAGUCGAGAAGGAGCGUAAGAAACGUAAGGAGAAGACGAAGAAAAUCAAAGCACAUAAAGUGAAAGGUGUAAAAAUGGAACCGCUCACAAGUCCACGGCGGAUUAAAUUUAACAAUACAGAAAUUACUACAUCUCCAGCGUUUACGGAUCGACCGAAAACACCAGACGAUCCAAUUACAAUUACCAGUAAAUCGGAAAUUAAUUUACCAUUCCAAAUUCAACCGCCGCCAAUAUUUCCAUCAAUAUUCCCACCAUUUCCAAGUGGUCCAGGUCUUAUACCGAAAACCACGACAUACUCACCAUUUUUCCCACAUAAUAUGGGUAAACAUGGUUUUGGACAACCUCCAAUUUUAUCUACAAAUCCUCUAAUGAGUGUUACCGCUAUUCCUACAGUAAAAUCAGAACCCCCACCUGAAAUCCGCAGUCCCAAGCAAGAACGAGAUGCUCCAACGAAUAAUAAUAGUUUUACUGUAACCCCCGUUGUAAAUAAUAACUCUACGAUUAUCACGAAAACUAUUAAGAAUGAACCGAACGAAUUGGAAAUCACGGAAAUUUCACCGGUUGUCGUUAAAUCUGAAAAGAAGAGUAAAGAACAUAAGAAAGAUAAGAAAGAGAAAUUAGAGAAGAAAAUAAGAAAGAAAAAGGAUAAGAAAGAUAAAAAGAAGGGUAAAGAUAAAGCGGAGAAAAAAUUAGAGAAAGAGGAAAAGAAAUUAGAAAAGAGUGAAAAAAUUAAAAUUAAAAAGGAGAAGAAAGAGAAACAUAAAGAUAAACAGCAGCAACAGCAGCAGCAACAAAUAGAAGCAGCUGUGCCAAAAUUAACGUUUAAGUUCUCACAACCACAACGGGAAUCCACACCCGAUGGACAAGUUUCACGAAAAAUAACAAUAAAAACCGUAAUGAAAAAAGGAACUGGUGGUGAGGAUCAAGCAGGCGGGCCAAAUGAUCGUGAAAUGUCACCAGAACUGGCCAGAAUUAGUGCUCUUGUAACACAUCCACCAAAAAGUCAAAAAUCACUCUCAGUCAGCCUACACCAUUCAUCCUCUUCUGGUCAAAAUCAAGGUCAAACGAUUGGUGCUUAUGCCACGCAUGGUAGUAACGCACCAUCGCCCAAUUUCAGUGAAAAUUAUAACACUGAAGUGUCUAGUUUUCAUACGAAAAUUAAGAAGAGUAUGUUUAAACCGAUACCGAAAAUAAAAAGUAAAGAUCUAUUGAAGAGGGUUGUACCACCAACAUCGGUUGAUGAGUCCUCUGAUGAGGAUGCUAAGCAUGCGUAUAUGACAACGACAAUUCCACAACCGCCACCUGCGCCUCAUCCUGCCCAACAAUUACCAAUCAAGGAAGCAUUCUACUUUGAUAAAGAUGGGAACAAAGUUUGGAUAUGUCCAGCUUGUGGGGGCCAGGACGAUGGUAGCCCUAUGAUUGGAUGUGAUGACUGCGAUGCCUGGUACCAUUGGGUGUGCGUCGGUAUCCAGGUGCCGCCAGACGACAACGAAGAUUGGUAUUGUAAAGUUUGUCUGGGUAAGAAACAAGAAAGUUUCCAUACGGAUAAAAAGAAAAAACGAAAAAAGAAAGAGAAAAAGGAUCAUUAAUUAAUUUGUUAAUUUUAAAAAGCUGUUUAAAUAAGAAUUUAAAUGUUUAAACAAAAAUUUCAAAAUUGCAAAUUUUUUACUUUUCCUUAAGUUUAAACAACUGAAAACAAUGAUUUUGUUGGGAAAAAUUUGUCUGGAUAAGAAACAAGAAACUUUCAAUGCGGAUAAAAAGAAAAAAGAAAGGAAAAAAGGAUCAGUAAACUUUUUUGUUAAUUUAUGUAAAAAGCUGUUUAAAUAAGAAUCUAAAUAUUUAAACAAAAUUUCAAAAUUGCUAAUUUUUUACUUGUCUUUAAACAACUGAAGACAAUGAUUUUGUUGGGAAAAGUUUGUCUGGAUAAGAAACAAGAAACUUUGCAUACGGAUAUAAAAGAAAGAGAAAAAGGAUAAUUA